AUGCCUGAAUGCGGAUAAAUAGUUCCGGUUUACGACGUUAGUUUCCUAAAGAAAAGUUCACUAUGUCAUUUUGGCACGAGCGAAAAUAAUCGCAGCGUUUAUAAGAUUUUUUGACUAUUUUACGAGGCUAUAGCGGAGUCGGAAAAUAAAUAAAUUAGAUAUUAUCGUAAGUCCGUUCUGCUAGUGGGUUGAUUACAGAAAACAAACAUGGCGGCGUCCUUGAGCAGCUCGGGCAGCGUGAGGCUUCUGAGCGCCUUAGUCCGAUCCACGUCACUCAGCUCCACUGGAAGCAGAGGCCUCCACGUCACAGCAGCAUGUUGCAAGAAUCGAGCCGCUCGUAUCCGAGUUGGUAAAGGCAACACACCUUUGACCUACGAGCAGGCUCAUCAUCCCCAUCACAUCGCCCACCGUAAAGGAUGGUUGUCACAGCACACCAGUAACCUGAAAGGUGAGGAGGGGGCGGCCGAACGCACCGUGGAGGACGUCUUCAUCCGGAGGUUCAUGUACGGGACCUUCCACGGUUGCCUGGCCAACGAGGUUGUGAUCAAGCGGCGCGGGAACUUGCUUAUCAUUUGCGGCCUGAUGAUCCAGAAGCUCCAGCCGCAGAAGUUCUACUUCCUGAUCGGCUACUCUGAGACGCUGCUGUCGCACUUCUACAAGUGUCCCGUCAAGUUAGAGAUCCAGACGCUGCCGGAGAAAGCCGUGUACAAGUACCUCUGAGGCAGCGGCGUGGCGCUAAUGCUAAUCCACUUUACUGUGUGAAAUGAACGUAUAUUUCACAUAUUUAUUUUGAACUGUUUCAUAAAUUAGCCAGUAAAGCAGAUUCACUUUUCAUUAUUCUUUGCUCUUCAUUUGAAAUAAAUCCUAUAAACUAA